AUGGUUGAAAUAAAUGAAUUUGAUUCUGGGAUAUCAAAUAAUGAAAAUGCUAGAAACGAUGAACCAAAGAUAAAUGGGGAGCAAACGCCUAUAGAGUCUUUUAAUUUACAUUUUUUUUCAGAAAAAGAGCAGGAAAAUUUAGUAGAAGAAAAAAGAAAAAAAAGAAAAACCAUUGAAAAAAAUCCUAAUCAAAUUCACGUAAACGAUGGAAAAAGUAACCAUUUGGAUGUUUCUAAUAAGAAUAAUUCACAUUACGAUGACUUUAUAGUUGAGGAUGAGUCUUCUGAUUUUGAUGAAGAUGAUAUUAUUCGAGUCGAGGGAGGGAUUAAAUCAUCCGACGAUGAAUACAAUGAAAAAAUGGGUAGUAAUUACAUUGGAGUCACUAAUCUGAAUAUGAACAAGAAUUCAGUUGGGAGGAAGUUUUCAGAAACAGAAAUCCUAACUGAAAUUAGGCAAUUUAUACAAUUAAUGAAAGAUGCCGCUAAUAAAGAUGAGGUCGCUUACUCAAACGGAAAAGUUGCCAUUUCAAAACUGAAAAUGGUUGACGAGGUUUGUAGAAAAGUCUCUAUGAAUAAUUUGUCGAGUUACUUCAUCUCAGAAGGAGUGCUUGAUAUUUUAAGUCAGUGGCUUUCGCCCUUUAAUGACGGUACACUUCCAAGCUUAUCAAUACGAAAUAAGAUUCUGAAAUUAAUAAGUAAUAUUCCUUUACGGGAAGAAGAGAUAACUUCUACGGAAUUAGGAAAAACACUGUGCAAGCUUUGGAAAAACCCUGCUGAAACUAUUGAAAAUAGACAGAUUAUAAGGACACUAAUACAACGUUGGGUAAGAUUAAUCUCUAAGACCAGACAAUCAUCAUCCUUGGAAACGGUCAGUAAAGCUGCGGCUGCCGCUGAAAGCCUGAACUCACAAAUUAAAUCCAAUGGCAGUGAGCCAAAUUUGAAUAAAAGUAUGCUCUAUGUAGAACCGAGAACUGCAAGAAUACCAAUUACCACUGGUUAUAACUUUAAAGUUAUUCCACAAAAUGACAGCUCAAAUAUCGAACAUGGCACAAGCACAUUUAAAGAUAAAUCAAUUGGGAAUAUUAGCAUUAACAGAAAUAACCGCACAAAAAAUAGGUCUAAGCAUGCAAUGAAAAUUAGCCUUGAAGGCAGAGGGCUUUAG